AUGGGCAAGUCAGGUUCCAAACAGUUUACUAACAAGGUCCUGAAGGCCCACAAUGAGAACCGGGCUCAGCACAGUGUGCCCCCACUGAAGCUUUGCAAGACAUUCAACCAGGAAACGGACCGGACACUUCACAGCCAGGGUAUGAAAGAAUACAAAAAAGAUAGAUGUGGGGAAGUCGUCCGUAAGUGA